AUGGCAAUCCAACAGAUGAGUGGCCAGGGACAGGAGGCAGCCCAGCUGCUUGAACAGAGACGGAGUGGCCACUGUGAGGACAGGAAGCAGACGCUGCUGGCGCUGUUGGUCCUGCUCCUAUACCUGGGCUCAGGGAUUUCAGGAAGAAGUUGGGAGAUGUCGGAAGGGAUCCAGGAAUGCGGCUACCCCCAGAGUGCAGUGGUUCCCCAGGGGAUGGAGUAUCAGAGCCGGGAGCCCUCGGACGCCCCAGUCAAGGCCCUCCGGAACUGGAUGAAGAACAGCUUGCAUGUGUUCUUGGAGAAGUUAGAGGGAGAGGUGCGGGAGCUGGAACACCUGGUGCGGGAGCUGGAGUUCUGGUUGGACACACUUCUGGGAGAGCCACACGACCACCCCUGCACCCCCCACAAGAGCCAAGCCUGA